AUGAAGCGCAGUCAUUAUGCUUGCGACCAAUGCCGAAAGUCGAAGCGAGGAUGCGAUGCGCCACCCCUUCUCGGCCCUGGCUCAUCAGCACGUAAUCCCAACCGCGACGGGUUCGUCUCUUUGUUGAAAUCAGUGUCUGAAAGUGGUCACAAGUCUUGUUCCUAUUGCGCAAAAACAAACAAGACGUGCACCAUGAACUGGGCUUGGUCGCAGAUACAAGCUGCAUCUAUCUUGAGUGCUGUAGCUGCUGCUCCUCCACCACCCCCACCUCCCCAGCAAGCGUUUGGCGAGAGUGAAAAUGUCCGGGUGAAGCGGGAGAGGCCUGAAAUAGCACAACCUUUUGAUGAUAAGAGCUCAUUGCCAGCAUCAAGGCAAACAGAUACUGCAGCACCAUAUGCCUUCCAACAGUCCAAUGCAUCAGGCUCAAGGCCUGGGUUUACUGGCCUUCAUGCAAUAACACAUUCUCCUAUGACGGCCACUCCUUCUACAUCAACGUUGAUCCAGGCAACAUAUAAUCCAGGCAAUGCGCUUCCUACCCACCAUCAUGGUCGCUUAGUGGAUCAUUUGCCAGUAUCUACAUACACAAUGCAAGAGUCGCGAAUGCUCAACCAGUAUAACAACUCCUUGCCUGGACCACAACCAGGAACAAGAGACUCCCGGUCUCCUUCCGACGAUACUUGGGGUAGAAAUGAGUCGACAAGAAUAAAACGACAGCGCACAUCAUCAACAUGGACCGAUCGACGCACAAACUCGUUGUCGCCGUUUUCAAUUGACCAGACCAUGAUGACAAGUUCCAACAACCAAUUCAUUUCCACCAAUCUCCUACAAAUCUAUCAUGAUGUACUCGAGCACAAUCUCUCCUGUUGGUUGACUGAAGUAACAUGCCCUUACAGAGCACCUGGUUAUACUGCGGGUGGCAGUUAUGCUCCUACUGAAUGGGGGUCUUCGUGGUCAAAUCGCAUCUACCGCCGCACUAUCAAUCUUGACCAUGCGAUUUCAACAUCCAAGCUUACUCAGCUAACUCAUUCCGAAAACCAAGCUUCUGCCAAAGCGCUCCAGCUCGCAAUCAUGGCCUUUGCUACGCAGUGGGCCCAGGGCAGUCGCCGUCAACGGCAAAGCUUUCCGGCUGAUGACGAGACACCAGAGUAUAUACUUGACGAUAUCGCCGAGGAGUUUGACCGCAAUAUUCAACGUAAUAUCUGGGAGCAGGCCAAACGAGCACUACAAGAUGUCACUGAUGUUGAAUCGUAUCGAGUGGCUACGGCGGAAUUGAUAUUUGGGUUGACACAAAAGCCGUGGACUCGUAACGAUGAACCUAGUCGCGCGACCAGAAAUCCUAACCUACUAUCAACCCCACGGCCCGAGGUUGACAUGAAGUCAUUGAAUGCAGAACUUGGCGAUAUCAUCUCGCGAGAUGGCUUGCCAGUCUUUAUAGAAAGAGCCGCACGCAAAAUGCAUGCUCUCAAGUUCCGAUUUGAUUCGGGACGACGUGGUGUCACCGGGCCUUUCACAAGCCCCAAGAACAGUGACGCCUUGUCCAUGAUGAAUCCGGAGGACCGUGGCACUGUUGGGUUGUUGUACUGGCUUGCCGUUAUGCUGGAUACUGUUUCCUCGUCCAUGAGUGAACGCCCAGUUGUUGUGGCCGAUGCGGACAGUCAACAUGAUGAUGCAGAUGAUGAUCUCGACGCGACUACAAAUGGGCGAUGGAACGUACCACUGUUCAUCCAGGAUAGCCUAGAGCAACCGCAUAUGUAUCAUGCCGUACAUUGGCCUUGCUCAUAUGAAUCGGCUGCUGAGGCUGUCACAAAGUCGGCACCUGUCAAGGUCCUUCUGUUUCGGCAUAUCUCGUACCUUCAAAAUAUCCUGAGAAGAGGUGGCCGUGGGAACAAAGUUGAAGAAACCAUCGCAAACACUACCUCAUUGUACCGAUACUGGAACAUGACACAUGGCGCAUUCUUUAAAGAGCUGCUCCGCGACUAUGAAUCAGUUCCAGGCCGUCUCCAAAGCUGGUUCAUCUGCAUCUCGGCUCACUGGAACCUCGGCGCCCUCAUGCUCGCCGAUCUUAUCGAGUAUGUAGAUGAGAACGAGAUAGGAGAGACAAAUGCGUCUCACGCCCGGCUAUCCAGCAAAACGGUUACGAAAAUGCGUGAAUCGAGCGCCAAAGAGCUGUCUGAGUUGGCCAAGGUAUCAACGCCCAGCCAAAAUUUUACCAGUUUAACAACACCUCAAAUGUCACAUUUCCAUCAUGCAGUGAACGAAGCAACAAUCCUUACCGAACCAUGGACUAUACUUCUUAUCAGAGCCUUUGCUAAGGCAACUAUGGUCUUCUUACAAGAAGCGAAGGAUUAUUUAGAUUACAGCUCGACAGCAUCAGCAAACCCCAUUGACUUCCAAGAGAGCAUGCGUCGAGCGCAAGACUGUAUAAAGGGACUAUGGAUCCUAGGUAAGAAGUCUGACAUGGCGAGGAAAUCGGCAGAUACCCUUACGGCAGCUAUGAGGAAACUCAGAUUGUGA